GUGAAGCAGAGCCGGAAGGGCAGUGCGGUCGCUGUGAGUGUAACUUGCCAGCUGCUUCACUUGUCAUUCAGACAUCCCAGGAAUUCAGCAGCAGCGACAUUUAUUUAACCUAAAACCACGUCCUUGGUGCCGAGGAAGGUCAAGCGACCAUAUUUCGUUGUUAAAGCCAGAACUCCGCCGCUCCAGACUCGGCAGCAUGCAGGUGUGAGGGCAGACAUCAGACACCCUUGCUGUAAUUUAAAGUCCUGGAUUGGUGACAUUCUUCAUUCUCUCCGUCGUCAUCACACAUGCUCGUACAUGAGGAGAGGGGAGAAACCCGAAGGACACAGACAGAUGAGACCCAAAACCUUCCCUGCCAGCAACUACAGCGGCAACAGCCAACAAAUGCUGCAGGAAAUCCGCAAUAGUUUACGCAACUUGACCAAACCUUCUGAUCCACCCAAAGUGGACAUUAGUGGACAAGGAAAAAUGCUCCCUGAAGAUUCAAGGCAACAAGGACGCAGCAGUAACCCCAAACAUCCCUACCACAAGGCCUUGCAGGAGAUCCGCAAAUCCCUGGUACCUUUUGAAGUGAGUGGUUCAGCGAACAAUGAGUCCAGCACUUCAGCCCAGGACCUUAACAAGCAGAUGUUACAGGAGCCCCAAUGUGCUGUGUUUGAAGAGCAAAGUGGCGGCCGCUGUGUGAGGGUUGCUCCAGACUACAUGGUGAAGGUGAACUACCAAGAUUCAAUGAGGGAGCAGAUAACGGGUGGCAACCCCAGCUCUAGUGGUCUGAAAGCUCAAGGAGUUUCUCACAUGCAGCAGCCUGUGCUGAGGAGGCCGAGCUGGAAAGGAUCUAAAGAGUCUCUGGCACCGCGACACGGUCCUCUCAUGGUGGACGGAAUGAUGUAUCGCUCGGACAGCCCUGGACCGCCGCCUGCAUUCCCCCAGGGUCACCCUGCCAACAGCCAGAGGGUCAACCCUCCAAUGCCCCCUCAGAUGCGCAGCGUCACGCCUCCUCCUAACAGGGGUGCCAUGCCUCCUGCAUCCUCCUGGGAUAACAACCCUUCCACCAAGCGUUACUCUGGGAAUAUGGAUUACCUUGCGCCUCGCAUUUCUCCGGUGCCACAGGGAGCCUGGCCCGAUGGGUACCCGACGGCAGCUCCUCAUAAUCAGCGUGGGAUCAGUCCAGUACCUGUGAGCCACCAGCCCAUCAUUAUGCAAAACUCUGGGGGGAAUAAGUUCACCUUUCCCUCCGGCUGGACUCAGAACGGCUCCCCUCAGUCGGACUACAUGGGGGGGACCAGACAGCCCCCUCCUCCUUACCCCGUCAAUCAGAGCAGCCGUCACAGUCCCACCGACCAGCAGGCAGGAGCACCUGCAUCCUCCCCAUCUUAUGUCAACGGUGGAAACAUCCCUCAGUCCAUGAUGGUACCGAACCGCAACAGCCACAACCUUGACAUGUACAGUCUGGGUCCUCAGUCCUGGUCCCAGGCUGCUCUGGCCCCCAAUCAGCCACAGUCUUCCUCCGGCAACAGCACUAACCAAGACUUGUCCCCCUCAUGGCAGCACAACAUGCCGGUGCGCUCAAACUCUUUCAAUAACCACCAGCUCAACGGCAGAGCCGCUCACCCGGCCAGCUCUCAGCCCUCCGCCACCACCGUCACGGCCAUCACGCAGGCUCCCAUCCUGCAGCCGGUGAAGAGCAUGCGCGUCCAGAAACCCGAACUGCACACCGCGGUGGCUCCCACACACCCUCCGUGGAUGCAGCAGGUUACAUCUCCUCCAGCUGCACCCGCCUACCCAGAACCUGCACCUCAGAUUCCUGUAGUAGCAGAAGCCCCCAGCUACCAAGGCCCGCCUCCACCCUACCCUAAACACCUUCUCCAGCAGCAGGCUGCAUCCGGCCCCCCGGCCUACGACGCAGGUGUCAACAAGCUCGCUGGCAGAGAGGAACUAGCUGAGGAAGAGAGCAGCAGUGACAACUCCAGAGAGAAGGUGUCGGAGAGCCCUGAAAGCACCGCAGGAACGGAGAAGGAGAGGAAGCAAAUCACCACAUCGCCCGUUCCUGUCCGCCGUAACAAGAAAGAUGAAGAGCCUAGGGGGGAGUCUGGAAGACUUCCUUUGUAUUCUCCUCAGGCCUUUAAGUUUUUCAUGGAGCAACAUGUAGAAAAUAUUCUCAAGAACCAUCAGACGAGGAUUCGAAGGAGAAAGCAGCUGGAGUGCGAAAUGCAGAGGGUGGGUUUGUCUUCAGAAGCCCAAGAGCAGAUGCGAAUGAUGCUCUGCCAGAAGGAAUCCAACUACAUUCGGUUAAAGCGUGCAAAGAUGGAUAAGUCCAUGUUCAAACGAAUCAAGACGCUGGGUAUAGGAGCCUUCGGUGAGGUGUGCUUGGCAAGAAAAGAGGACACGGGAGCUCUGUACGCCAUGAAGACGCUCCGCAAGAAGGACGUGCUCCUGAGAAACCAGGUGGCUCACGUGAAGGCCGAGAGAGACAUCCUCGCCGAGGCCGACAACGAGUGGGUGGUGCGGCUCUACUACUCUUUCCAAGACAAAGACAACUUGUACUUUGUCAUGGAGUACAUUCCUGGAGGGGAUAUGAUGAGUCUCCUCAUUCGACUGGGUAUUUUUAAGGAAGAGCUGGCCCAGUUUUACAUCGCAGAGCUCACCUGUGCUGUGGAGAGUGUCCACAAAAUGGGCUUCAUCCACAGAGACAUCAAGCCUGACAACAUCCUCAUAGAUCGCGAUGGACACAUAAAGCUGACGGACUUUGGUCUCUGCACCGGUUUCCGCUGGACGCACGACUCCAAGUAUUACCAGAGUGGGGACCACGUGAGGCAGGACAGCAUGGACUUCAGUAAGGAAUGGGAAGAUGCGGCCAACUGUCGCUGUACAGACCGGCUGAAGCCGCUGGAGAGGAGAAAAGCCCGGCAGCACCAGCGCUGUCUGGCCCACUCCCUGGUGGGAACGCCCAACUACAUCGCACCAGAAGUGCUGCUCAGAACAGGAUACACCCAGCUGUGUGACUGGUGGAGUGUCGGUGUCAUCCUGUAUGAGAUGGUGGUUGGACAGCCUCCUUUCUUUGCAAGCACGCCUCUGGAAACGCAGAUGAAGGUAAUAAACUGGAAGAACACGCUGCAGAUCCCCCCGCCAGCCAAACUCAGCCCCGAGGCGUCGGAUCUCAUCGUCAAGUUGUGCCGCGGCCCCGAGGACCGCGUCGGUAAGAACGGCGCCGACGAAAUCAAAGCCCACGCUUUCUUCAUGAGCAUCGACUUCUCCAGCGACCUGAGGCAGCAGGUGGCGCCGUACAUCCCCACCAUCGCCCACUCCACAGACACCUCCAACUUCGACCCCGUGGAUCCGGACAAACUGCGCAGCAGCGACAGCGAGAACAACCUCAACGACACGCUGAACGGCUGGUUCCGCAACGGGAAGCACCCCGAGCACGCCUUCUACGAGUUCACCUUCAGGCGCUUCUUCGACGACAACGGCCACCCGUACAGCUGCCCCAAACCCAUCGAGUACGAGGAGUACAAUGAAGACGAGGCAGACUCGGAGGGCGCGGCGCAGGAGGCCGGCGGCGGCUCGGCCACGCAGGGCCGAGACCUGGUGUACGUGUAGCCGGCCAGGCGGCUCAGCUGCUUGUACAUACCGAGCUGUGGAGGGAGGUUUAAAACCUUAAACAUAGGAGAGUAUACUUGUAGGAGCAGUCAGAACACUGCAGCACAAAAUCACAUUAACAGACUCAUUUACAACCAAUGCACACUACAAAUUAAAGUGAUAGUUAAUGUUUUAAAAACACUCUCUUUUUUAGCUCAGUUUGUUGUACAUACUCUCCAAAAAUGCAACUGGCCUGGAGUCGGUUAGCUUAAUAAAGCCUGAAGAUGGGAAACUGCUACUCCACCUCUGUACAAAGAUAACAGCCGCGCCUAUAAGACUCGUGUAUUCACGGGUCACGAGGGCAAAAAACAAGGUCAAAUUCUCACGUUCAUAGAAGUGGAACCAGUAAUUAGUUCUUCCCCUUUUUUCUAUUCUUUACAGCUGGUUUUCUAAUUUAAAUGUUGAUUUUCAAAUACUGUUAGCGUAUUUGGUGCCAGUCCGUUGAACCUCAUGUCAAAGCUCAAAGCUUCUGGACUCUGCAAAAAAUAAGUGUUGGAUCCUGACAGCACAGCUGCCUUUUUCUUCUUUUUCUUUUUUUAAUUUCUACUGGAGUUAAUUCAAUAAGUGAAUCCGUUGAUAUGCGGUCUCCAUCCAACAGAAUUACAUCUACAACAGCAGCUUAUUGUUUGACACAGUUUUAUCUGCCAUUCAUACAAGUAAGUUCCACUAAUGGUCUGUUUUAUGCAACUCUAGAUGUGCUAGUAAGCUUUAUUUAGUUCCUGUUCAAUCUGUGCAGAACCAGAUCCGUUCCCACCUUAAUGCUGCAGCUGUUGCUGCUUCUCAGUUUGCUCAAGCUUCGUUUCCAGAAAUGUAUUUAAAUGUGCUAAAGGUGCACUGUUUAGAGGUGUGCUGUCAGAAAAUGUCCAGUUGAAAAUUUUGUUUUAUUUUUUUUUAAAUCAGGGUGCCCUUCUUGACAACGGACCCCCGUAUAGCCUUAAUUUAUUUAAGUAAACUGGUGACUUUAGUUUAGAUGCUGCUUGAGUGAGAAUAUUUGUUGGAAUUGCAUUUAUUGGUAACAUUCAAAAAAAAAAGUUAAUUUAUAUUUUAAUGUCUGUUGCAAUGGGAAUUUAGUGUUGUGGUUAAUAGAAAUUUGCAGGGAUAAAUUGCUCUAAUUAUUGCUGUGCCUUUUUGAUCUGUUUCACCAAAUAUUAAGAGGGUUAAUAAUCAGACUGGCAUUUUAAAAUGAGAGUAGCAGAAGAUGAUUUUACCACAUUAGCUUUUUUGUUUUAUUUUUCUAAUUUAUACUUAAAAUGUAUUUAUAUGAAGUUGUAUACAGUGGAUGUAAAUAUUUUUCUCUGUCCCAUCAGCUGAUCUGUGUUUUCCCCGGGCAGGCCCUUGUCAGUGUCCACCGCCACUGCCUUCUGUCAAUCAUUGUCACCAAUCUGCAAAUUCUAGUUAAAAUCAGUCUCUUGUUGUCGUUCAGCCUUCAUGUUCAUCUCUCAACCAAAGCACUAAACGAUGUGGGUUUGGACUCUCGCUCUUCCCAAUAACCCACAUUUAGAAAGCGAUGAUUACACUAUCAGACACACCGGCUCGUAUUUUGACAUCUGAUCUGUUCACCUUCAAGACUCAACGUUGUGUAACACUAAAGCUGACAGCUGUUGUGUCAUCAUUUGGAGGAGAAAAGAAAAAAUAAAAACAACCUGUCACAUGACUUUGUUACCCGCUGUACGUUUCUCCGUAGGAAAGCUCUGAAUGUAGUUAUGGACUUGAUGGCGACCACUGUUAUUCUGCACUGGUUUUGUUUUCAUUGUGAUAAAAUUUUAUUUUUGUGUACAUUGUUCUUCUGGGAGGUUUGGAAAGAGGGUGAAUAAAAAUGUAAAGAACAAAGUAUGUUUACAUGCACAUG